ACUUCGGAAUAUCACGCGUGACGUCUAACAUGGCGUCGCCCUGGCGAACAGAUUGUGGUGGACGUCUUGGAAGCUGAUAUCGUAUGCAGCCUUACAUCAGUGACGGAGACAAGCUGCGGCCAGGAAGAGUGAGGCAGAUGUUCUAAGGGAGACAACUCUACAUCUGGCCUCAUGAUUGGCCCCUUAGGCGAAUGUCUGGUCCAAAUCAUGGCAUGGCUCUGUCAGUUUCCUGGAAACUUCUGUCUGUACUUCAGAUCUUAUAGACUGUUCAGGACUAUCCUUUUUGUGGGCUUGUUACUAUGUUACUGUGAGUUCGUGCACUACUACGUGGUGUUGUUCCAGUGCACCUGGCCUCAGCUGAACAAUGACAUGUUUGACAGGACACUUCCUCCAAAGUUCCACCCUCUGCGAGUUAUGGUGAUAGCAGAUACACACCUGCUGGGAAAACACGGACACUGGUUUGACAGGUUGAGAAGAGAAUGGCAGAUGGAACGAGCAUUUCAGACCAGUAUGUUGAUUCACAGUCCAGAUGUGGUUUUUGUUCUAGGUGACCUGCUGGAUGAGGGAAAAUGGUGUUCAGACUCACAGUUCCAAGACCAUGUCAACAGGUUCCAGAAAAUGUUUUCCACAAGCCAGAAUACAGACAUGUAUUUUGUGGUUGGGAACCACGACAUUGGAUUUCAUUAUGCGAUGACUCCACACAAGGAACGAAGAUUUGAAAAAGCAUUUAAUGCACCUUCUGUAAAGAUGUUGCGCAUCAGAGACAAUAUUUUUGUGCUAGUCAACAGCAUGACUCUGGAAGGAGAUGGGUGCUCACUGUGCCAGGAUGCGCUCUCUAAAUUACAAGAGGUUUCACAGCAGCUUAGAUGUGCUCAGGAUCCACUGAAGUCUUCCAGCAGUCACAAUGUGUGUCACCAGUGGGAGCAGUUCACAUACACCAAGCCUAUUUUGCUGCAGCACUACCCCAUGUUCCGAACAUCCGACAUAGACUGUGAUACCCCCGACGCGGCUCCUCUUGAUGAGAAGGAUACGCCAUUCAAACCCAAGUGGGACUGUUUGUCCCAGGCUGCUACUGAACAGAUGUUCGGCCUGCUUGACCCACGGCUAGUGAUCAGUGCUCACACCCAUCACGGCUGUUACCGCCUCCACAAGGGCAGCGUGCCAGAGUGGACUAUACCAUCUUUCAACUGGAGGAAUAAAAACAACCCAUCAUUUCUCCUUGCAACUAUCAGCAAUGACAACUAUGCUGUGAAGCGGUGCCUGAUGCCGAGGGAAACUACUGUGAUAGCUUUAUACAUCAUCUGGGGCCUCUUGAUACUACUUACGCUGCCCUUCCCUCGUAGGAUCAUCAAAUUCAAUACUGACAAGGCUCACUGACAAUGACUGUAACUGACUAGGUGCCUGCUGUGUACAUGCUGUGGAUGGUGUCAAGCAUUACUGACAAGGCUCACUGACAAUGACUAACUGACUAGGUGCCUGCUGUGUACAUGCUGUGGAUGAUGUCAAGCAUUACUGACAAGGCUCACUGACAAUGACUGUAACUGACUAGGUGCCUGCUGUGUACAUGCUGUGGAUGGUGUCAAGCAUUACUGACAAGGCUCACUGACAAUGACUAACUGACUAGGUGCCUGCUGUGUACAUGCUGUGGAUGGUGUCAAGCAUUACUGACAAGGCUCACUGACAAUGACUAACUGACUAGGUGCCUGCUGUGUACAUGCUGUGGAUGGUGUCAAGCAUUACUGACAAGGCUCACUGACAAUGACUAACUGACUAGGUGCCUGCUGUGUACAUGCUGUGGAUGGUGUCAAGCAUUACUGACAAGGCUCACUGACAAUGACUAACUGACUAGGUGCCUGCUGUGUACAUGCUGUGGAUGUUGUAAGACAAGUCUGGUAGCAACUUACAAUUCAAAAUGUUCUGUGCAAUACCUUUAGAAAUAAGAUAUGGAACCAUCUGGUGCAUAAGGUCAUCUGACCUCAGCCUUGUGACAUGACUGUAUACCUAUGAACAAAGGUGGCACAUCCAGAGCAGGGCCUGCUCCUCGUCUGGCCUGACACAAACACACAAUCAAACAUUUGUCGUCCUGUUUGUUGAAAUAUUAAUAAUAUUAGCAGGAAAAAGGAAACCUUUGAACUUACUGAACUGUUGCUGCUGAUAGCAUGUCAUUCAUGACUACGCUUCAGCAUAUUUUGAGGUGAGUCUUUGAGUCAUCAGGAAAUAAUGACAUUCUUGGUCGUCACAAGCUGUGUAUUUAAAUCCUUCACUGGGACAUUAUUCCCACUUGUAAAUCUGAAUCUUGGCAGUUGUACAAUGAUAAGAUAAUAAUAAUGACAAUAAUGAUCAUGUGCUCAGCGCGUUAAGGUGGAGUGUUGGAGAUCAAGUGGGCUAUGAACUCACUUAUCAACUAGACUGCUGACUCCAACAUACAUUAAUUAGUUACAUUGAGCUGGAUGACAUUGAGGCAUUAUGAGCCAUAGUGCUCCUUGAAUAGAUAUGGUCAGAGACUUCUGAUAUUCUGCAGAUGGCAACGUGUAUUCUUGAUGUUGGAAACAUGGCUGGUCAUAUUUAGGUAGUCAUCUACCUUUACUCCAAGGUAUUAAACUUUUGGUGCUGGGUGAAUUUCUUAGUGUCCAAGGAUGACAGUGUUUCCAGACUUACAUGUUAAUUCUAGCUUUCUCUUUGGGGCGGUGAUUAAGUUCUCUGUUUUUGAUUUGUUAAGUUUUGUAAAUAGUGUGUCAUCCGUUUCUUGGUCUCUUAGGCAGUAAAUGACAGAUAUAUUUCAUUGUCAUCCACCUACUGGUGUUGAAGUACUUUGUUUGCCCGUGCAAUGCUGCCACGUUAGCCUUGUGUACAGGUUGAAUAACAUCGGUCCAAGGACUGAACCCUGAGGAACACCACCAAUGCUGAUACUGAGACCUGUCUGAGAGGUAUGACGAAAACCAAGUGAGAGCUUUAUCUCUGAUACAUAUUUGGUAGUUAACAGCAUGUUGAGAAAGUGAAACUACAGUUAUCCUAUUACUGGGCCUCUAUCAUUAAUAUCGCAAAGAAAUCACAAAGAGACACCAUUUACACACUCUCACACAGGGACGCCACAAGCACUCAAUCACAGAGAUUUAGUAAUUUCCUUCUUAGUCAAGACCAGUUUCAUUGCUUGUUUCAUUGAUCUUAUAGAAACAUUGUCUGCAUCCUAUUAAACGAUUGGAAUAGCCUCCCUUUUGUAUUUGUUAGUGAUCUCUAGUCAUGGCAGUUCUAUGAAAGUCUGAACGGUAUUAUAUUCUUUGGGACAAUUAGAGAAUAUAUUGACCAUUAUGCCUGUGAAAUAGACCAUUAUUUAUUAUGGAUUUAUAGUGGAAAUACUGUAUUUAUCUCAGAAUAUAAAAUAGCUAUGCGAUAAAUAAAGAACCAUGAAGAACAAAGCAUGGUUUGUUCACUGAUAUAAACAUUGUUAUAUCAUGAUGUCAUUUCUGGAGAUACGAACAUGCGCUCGCAACUUGACGUCACAAUAUGACAAUUGGUAUUGGGAGAAAAGGUGCAGAUUAUUGACAUGACAAUUGUGAGAGUACAAAACUAAAACCCCACAUUGCCAAGGUGGGAUUCUAUUCUGGGAGUCAUCAUUAUUAUAUACAGGUAAAUGUUUUUAAAGCUUGUACAAUUUAUUGACAUCCUUAAAAAGGCUGGCGAAAAUGUUGAUAUGUCAUAUAAGAAAUAAAAGACUUAUGGUCAUUAUUUAUUGUACAAUAAAACACAGCAGGGAGAAUAAACCACUCAGGUUAGCGCCCCACAUGGCUUAUACUCCCUGCAGUGUUUAAUUGUAUGAUAAACAACUCCCACUCGUCAUUUAUUUCUUAAAUACAUAAUUGAUAUUUCACUCGGCUGAAAUAACAUACUGGUUCACUCAAUUAUAAUAAAACUAUCUGCCAGAACUGCUUUCAGUGUGCCUGUUGAUAUGAUGGUUUCCAGACAGACAUGCAAGAUCAGUGGGAAGACACAUUACCAAUAGGCCUUGAACUGUUGGCAGUCCAAGAUAAACAUGUUGAUUGACAAGAAAACCUAUAUAUCCUCCAUAUCACCAUAUAUUUUCUGCAGACUGUGAUACUUCCUGGUGUUCAAUAUUCACACCAUGUUUUUGAAGGGACAUGCUGGAAGGAAAUGUCGAAUGUGAGGAUGUUACUUUCUCCACUGUCAAAUGCUGUGUGCAUGUGUGCAAUGUUUCAGGUCAACAAUAGGCUUGUAAAAGAACAUCUUCCUGAGGCAAGGGAGUUAGCUGACUGUAAAAGUCCUGUUUCCACCCUUGCUGAACUAGGCUGGAAUUAUGGAGUUAUAUUUUGGCUGGACUGACGAGUCUAUGCAUAGUCCAAUCAAAAUCGCAUAACGAAAUCAACAUUUAGUUCGUAAACAGCAUUUUCAACGUGCAGAUUUCGGUUGACUGCAGGCUUUGCAAUUGAUGCCUACCGUCAACUGGGUGUCCACAGAUAUUUUCCAAGUGUUUUCAUGUUUAAUCAAUGUGCUCACAUGAUUUGAUGCACUUUGCAACAUAAGACCCGUUUUAUUACAAUAUUUAUAUCUUGAUUAACGAUCAGAUCGUCUUCACUCGGCGCCACCAUUUAUUUUGUUUGAAGCAAAUGCAAGUGAUAUGAGAGGUGGAAUCUGAUUAGUCAAUAGGAGGGGCAUAGGAGCAACAUUACUCGUAAUAGCCCCAGUCGGCGCUACGAUCAAGUCAAGAAAUUCCAACCUAGUUUGGCAAGGGUGGAAACUGGACUUUUACACUCAGUUAUCUCCCUUGCCUCAGGAAGAUGGGGAAAAGGAUAACCUAUGAAUGAUACAGUUCUAGGGACAAAAACAAUGUUUGGGGAUAUGCAAAAGAAAAACAUAUGGGGUUUUGACAAAACUAAACACAGUUCCUGCAAAUUAAUUUCAUUUGAAUAGUGAACAAAGAUCACAUUAUGAAAGAUAGCACAAAUACAAUGCAUACCAAAUAUUCUGAACAGGCAAAUGAGAUUUUAAUUUUUUUUUAAUUUUAUGAUAUAGAGUUUUGAAAUUACUGUGACAAUGCUGUCAAAUGAAAAGCUUUGUUUAUUGAAAAGUACCAUUACUACUAAUUCAAAUCUCUGGGAGGUAUAGGAAGCAUAAAAAGAGGGAAUCAUUUGGUUUAGUUAUCAAUCAAAAUGUCUUACAUACGCAGAACUUGUUCACAUGCAAACACGCACACACUUUUGAAAACAAAUGUAGUAUGUUCUAAAACUGACUGAGCGAAGAUUUUGCUAUUUUCGACCCGUCCCUUUUAAUAAUGCUGGAUCUGCCCUUGGCUUGUACUCACAAACUUUAGAAUCCACAUUUUUUUAAUAUGAUGAGUAAAGGGAAAUCCUUUGUGCUUUUAUGCUCCUAUUUUAAAGGGUGGGGCAUAUUGAUGACUUUGUCUUCUGGUUCAAUUGGUUUUCUAUAUAAUCCAUUUGAGCUAAUUAGUUCAACGCAACAGGAAGCUUAUGUGAGCUAAAGUCAGGGCUCAUAUUUUCUUGUAGUCUUUUACUUGUUUGACAUAUUUAUCUGAACCAACAUGAUUUAUGAAAAUGGAAUUAUUGGUGUAUUUCUUCAGCAAUGGUGUCUCUAUCAGAACCUGAUGUUAUUUCAACAUGGCUAUUAUUGUGAAUGUAUUGUGAAUCAUGGGCAAGAACUUAUGUUAGUUUAUGUUUAAGUUUUGAUUUUUUAACAAUACAUCGGCAUUAUAUCUUCAUCAACCAGAAUGAAUCUGACACUUCCUCGCACACACCAGGCAAUGUCAAGGUCACUGUCAGGGACACUCUCACAGAAGGUGAGCAGAAUAACAACAUAUUGAAGGUACACAUGUAUAUGUGUUGAGGGGAUUUAAAUAUUUCUUAGACCUGUGUAAUUCGUAUUAAGGGUGAGUGAUUUAAAGGACAUUCAAACAAUGAUCCAAUGAGGUUACAGAAACACAGGAGACAAUGGUUACAUAGACAACUUGAUAAAUUAAAAAAUCCAUGCAAUGUCGGGUGUAACAAACAACCACUUUACAUCUUUCUCCUGAAGGUUGCUUGUGUCUAAUGUGUAUAUUGUGUCUUGAGUAUAUUUACUGACCAGUUUUUGUUGUUAUUAUUCUAAGUAUCUAUGUCCUUAAGUACCAAACACUUAAUGGAUGUACAUGUUGAAGGCAGGGUGUGAUACUGCAAAGGUCAACUUUGUUUUAGUCAUAAGUUAUGUGGCACAGAUGCUGAGACUGGAAUGUGAGAAGUUAUGUUUGGAAUGCACAUAGACUUUGAACUGCAUUAAACUGUUGUAUUGUUGAGCAGUUUAAAAAGCACUUUCAGUCUCCCUUGUGAUAAACCCACUCCACCUGGCAAGGAUCUCAAACCUGAGGUUCCCCAACUUCACAAAGUCAUCAAAUCAGGUUUGGAUAUAUGUUUUUAAUUAGUUGGUUUUAUAUUCAGGGACGGCAAUGUGAAUACCAUCAAGUAGAUUCACCAGUUUGUUCGUGUUCACAUGGAAUGUGAGUGUAUGCCUUUUAGCAUGGAUGUGUCAGCACAAUAGUCUGACAGUUUAAUUUGUUAUGACAUAAGUACCGGUAUUAUGUCAACCCAACUGCCUUGUUGCGGCUCACUUGAUUACAAUGGAGCAGAUGUGAACUGUGAUUACUGACAAGGAAAUGUAUUUUUCCAUGCAUAUGUACUACUGAAAAGAAUUUAGAGAACCCCAGAUUCCUUCAUAUUACUGUAGUUAAUCUGUCAUGCCAUCACUGAUUAACUAUAUUAAUAUGAAAGAAUUGUGUGUUCUUUAACUUCUUUUGAGUAGUAUUCAGUGUGUGUCAUUCCCUCCCCCUCUCUUGACCAUUCCUGUUUUGUUUUACAUUCCAGUGCUUUGUUUCAAAAUGUCCAUAUUCAUUGAUAAUCUGUAAAUAUUGUCACAAUGUAUUUACCUUCAACAUUAAAGACUGUGUAUGUAA